AUGGGAGAUAAUGAACCAAAUUUAAAUAUUGAAGAAAAUUUACUGAAAAAGAUUGACAGCAAAAGUAAGGGAACAAAGGAUUCUUCAAGUACUGAGAAUGACGCAGAAAAAGACGAAAAAACUUCGAUCACCAAUCAGGAGCAACAGGCAACAGCAGCAAGUGAUGCCUCAAAUCGAAGUGGAUCGCCGUCAAGAAAUUCCCCGGACCCUAAUUGUGCCAUAUGCCUUGAGAAACUGCAGAAUAAAUCUUUCACAGAUAGCUGUUUUCAUAUGUUUUGCUUCACCUGCUUAGUAGAAUGGUCAAAGAUAAAAGCAGAAUGCCCGCUGUGCAAACAACGGUUUAAAAGUAUCGUUCACAAUGUUCGCUCCGCACGAGACUACGACCAAUAUCAUAUUCAACCACCGAAGAGGCCCGAUAGUGUCUGGAACUUCCUGUAUGAUCAAAGAUUUCGUUACAGAACUACCGUGACUUCUGACAGGCUAAAUGAAAGAAACAACAAUGAAAGACUAAAUGAAAGAAACAACAAUAUAUGGACAAAUUUAGAAAAUUUUAGAAGUAGAAGUACUAGCAGCCUCGAAUAUGCUUUUCAUCAGGAAAUAGCUUCCCAUCGUUUGCGAUAUGCUCCUCAUUCUGUUCACCUGUUUUCAAAUUCUCAUGCUGCAUCUCGUGUGCCAAACAGUUUCAGGCAAAGGAUCUAUGAGCAGCGUAUGUGGGUCGUUCCCUCGUCUCGAGAACGAACUCGUUUGUCUACACCUCAGUUCUAUCAACAGAAUCCAGCAUGCACACAUCGAUUAAUUCCCUGGCUGAACCGGGAACUUGUUGCGUUGCUGCCGAAUGGUGAUAGUCACGUAACUUUUGUAAUGGAAUUGAUUAUGGCUCUCAUUAAUAGAUACGAGAUUACUGGACGAGAAUUCUUUUUACAUGUUGAGCCUUAUCUUGCUCAUCAUACGAGUCACUUCAUACAUGAGUUCUAUAAUUUUGCAAUCUCACCCUAUGACAUGGAAGCAUAUGACAAUCAUGCUGUGUAUGAGAACCACUAUGAAUACUCCAGCUUAGAAAGUAGAGUUCCUUCCGCUGACCAAGAUGUUAUUUUUAUCUCCCUGAAUUCCUCGCGAGAGACUCGGCCACAACAACGUUCCAACCUUAAUAGUGUUUCAAGUAGAAAAGCCAAUUUAAGAUCUUAUAGAAUAAAAAAAAAUGCAUAUAGGAAACUUAAAAGACUUGUUCUAAAACGAAACAGUAAAAGCAAUUUAUGGGAAAGUGCGUUACAUACAGUAUCAUCGUCUUUCCCUUCUGAUAGGGAAAUUAUAACUGAUAACAGUAUCCCAUUUCCAGAGCCAGGGCCCAGUGAUUCCAGAUGCAGUUUCAGUGCACUUCUUGAGGUUGCGGCAGCAGUUGCAGAUGCCGCAGCUAUGGAAGAACGUACUGAACCAGUGACCGAAAAUGAGGAUGAAGAUUGCAUGAUUGUUGAAGAACUCAAACCGAAACAUGAGAGAACACCAGAAAUAGUUCUUCUUUCUAGUGAGGACGAACAACCAAACGGAGAGGAUGAAGUUUUGUCGGAAAAGGACCACUUGUCUUCUGUCCGUCAGCCUAUUGAAGAACCUAUAUCUGUCACACUUGAUAGUGAUUCAAGUGAUAUAGAGUGUGUAUAUGAAUCCCACUGCAUUGAUGAAACCAAUGUUGAAACUCAAAGCGAUCAGCCUUCUACCUCACAUGAUAAGGAUUCUCCCGUUCCGUCUACCAGUCGAGAUCAUGACAGCAAUCACGUUGAUCCAUCACCUUCACGUAGUACAUCUCCCAUUUUCCCCAUCUCUCGCAGGGAUUCUCCUGUCCCGUCUACAAGUCGGGAUCAUAAGAGCAAAUACAAUUAUUCGUCACCUUUGCCAAGUUCAUCUUGUAAACCAUGGUUGAGUGAGAAGAAUUCUUUUCAGUUAACAAGUUCUUCUAAUUUUGAAAGGAGGCGUGAUACUCUGUCAAGCUCACACUACGCUUCUACAGAAAGUUACUCAGAUUCUGAGCAACCUCCAGAUAGGAGUUCAGAGCAUAAAAAAUUAAAAUUGCGCAGCGUGAUUGCACAUUUCUCUAUUGAUCGUGAAAGUGACAGUUCAAGGCAGAGGGAUUCUGGGCAUCAUUCUUCUCAUAAGAAGCAUAAAGAUAAGAAGAAGAAAAAGAAGAAGCAUUCCCACAAGCGUAGGCAUAGAAUAUAUUCAGAGAGUGAUUAAACGACACUAAAGUGCUAAUCAUAUUUUCUCUUUGAUUUGCAUGCUCCUAAUCGUCUGUGACUUAAGUAGCUUUUUUACUUUUGUUAACCUUUAAAAACACGGACGGCGUACUGAGUACGCCACUCAGUGAGAAAGCAGCUAGGAAUUUCAGAACAGUCACUUGACCAACACCUGGCCAUUAUUUACCCUUUUUCCCAGGUCCAUUCAGUGAUGUACCUGUGUUUAAAGUCGAAAGUUGCCUUUUUGUCUUGUUUUUUUUUAUCAUUUUUCAUAGAAACCACAUGUAAAUGUUCCAAUUUUGUAUGCAAAAAGCAUAUAAAAAUAACAUAAUACAAUUGUGAGAGCUGCAGUAAUUGUCAACAAGUGCCAACGAGUUGUCUCAAUAACUAAAAUAUCAUUUAUAUGUAUACAUUUUUUAAAUAUUUUAUAUUCAUGAAAUUCGCAAAUUAAACGUUAUCAUCAUUUUUUACUAUAUUGUGAUCGUAUUCUUUUUGAUUGUGUUUGUCUGUUCGUUCAAUUACAUAUUUGCUGCUUUUAUAACAUUACUAGACAUUGUAUUACAUAGGAAAACCUUUAAAAAUUGAUAGUUAAGCUUUAAAAAAUGCUGGCGUAUGGAGUACUCCACCCGUGUUCUUAUAUUACUUCAAACUGUCCGUGUUCAUGAAGGUUAAGUCUAUGCAAAAAUUAUUUUAUGCAUGCAAAUAUGUGUACCUCAGUGUCAGAAGGACGUAAGUUACAUCAUUUUACAGGAGAGCAGAAAAACUUUUCUGGUGCAUGCAGAGAGAGGAUGGGACGUGCACUCUUUUAAUCCUGUUAAAAAUUUGAAAAGGAUUUUUUUAAAGAAUUACGUUCACAUGGCUCAAUGCAGAAUAGGCUUCUAUAUGCAAUGCACUAAUAAACGGAAAAUCGCAAUUUUGGACUUAUGUUAGUCUGACUCUGAGGUACAAAUAUUACAAUGUGUGAUGCAUUAAAUGAUAUUGUUUUGUAAAUAAGUUUUUUUUUUAUAUAAAGAAUGAAACUUGAAUAUAUUAUAUAUUUAUUACAAAAGGAAUUUUUUAACUUGAUAUUUUUGGUUCAAGGAAAUGCCCAGCGAUGAAAUUUUGAAUAAUUCUCUUAAUUAGCCAUUGAACUUUACUCCCAAAGAAAAGGCAUUUGUAAAUUUCUCAAACACAGUUGCCGCUGAGUCUUAUUCCAUCUGGGUAUAAAGGAUAUCUCUUGGUGUUGGCAUAAAAAAAGUAUGGUCCCAAAAAUUUGGGAAAAGCUAAAGUUUUGAAUGCUAAUAGAUAUCACAUGAGUAAAGGUUAAACUUCUUCAAAUCAAUUAUCUAAAUGUUGAGUUGUUAAAAUGGUGAAUCACUACACCUGUAUCAUUUAAGGCUUGAUUUCAGAUUUCAAAUUUAUGAUGAGAUGUGGUCUAUUUUUUGCAUCCUAAUUUUGAAGUGCUGAACGCAUUAUACCUUGACAGCGGCAACCUUGUACAAAUUUUUUGUAUCUAUGUAAAUGUAUUGUACAUAUGUUUUGUGUAAAUGAAUGUUUUUUAAAAAGGAUCUUGAAGGAGAUAUGAAGGCCUGAUUACUUUAAACGUUUUGUAAUGAUGACAUGAGUUUUUUUAUAUUUUUACCCAUUUUCAAUUGAGUUGAUUCUUGUUAAUUUCUGUAUUUGUGUUUAAAAUUUUGAAUUAGUAUGUUUUUGAUUACUGCGGACUUAGGGCAUACCUGGUAUAUUUUAUCAUAAAUUGCAAUAUCUGACAAACCAUAUCAAUUUGUUCCUUUGGUAAGUUGGGAGAAAAUGCAUUACAAUUCUAUUAAGUCUAAUUUUCCUAUGCACAUUUAUAUGCAUGUAUAUAAGUGCUUUUGCAGCAUUAUUUUUUUUUUAAUUCCGGAUAUUAUUUAUGUAAUUUAAACUAAUAAAAA